AUGCUUUCUUCUUCUCCAACUUCUUUCACUCAUCCAUUUCUCUCCUCUUCCUCUCCGCCUCUCUCUCCGAUCUCUCCGGCGACUCGCGCCGCACGGAUCUCGGCCCCUCUCGUCUCCGCAACCACCGCCUCUUGCUCUUACACCUGCGCGGAAGAUUCCCCGAGAUUGCAUCAGAUCCCGCGGCGAUUGACGACGGCGAACGCUUCUCUCUACGAGAUUCUCGAGGUUCCUCACGGCGCGACGAGCCAGGAUAUCAAAUCGGCUUACCGGAGAUUAGCCAGGAUCUGUCAUCCCGACGUCGCCGGAAUCGAUCGGACGGAUUCGAAUUCGAGUUCUUCUUCGGCGGAGGAAUUUAUGAAGAUCCACGCGGCGUAUUGUACGCUUUCUGAUCCUGAGAAACGAUCUGUUUACGAUCGGAGGAUGCUUCGUCGGAGCCGUCCUUUGACCGUCGCAACUAACUCCGGUUUAGGUAGUUACGUCGGACGGAACUGGGAAACCGAUCAGUGUUGGUAG